CGGCGGAUCGCUGCCACUAACCCCUGCUCGGGGCGCCCCGCGCUAGUAGCUGAAAGACGCUCGACGCGGCGAUGCCCUCUCCUCGCGGCCGUGUCAAAGUUCGCGCCGCUCCCCGUGCAACCCGUUCGACAUGGGCGCCCUCAGUUCAACGUGAUACCUCCGCUCUGACGCCCAAUUCAUGCUCCUAGUUUUAUUAUCUCCUGGCUCUUACAGUGUCGCGAAAUAUUCUACUGACUAGUGCCGUGCAAAAAAAAAUAAAUAAAUAAAUAAAAACGGUUUUUUUUUAAAUCGUUUGUUUUGGUGCUCUGAUUUUGGAAGUGAUUUUUUGAAGAAUUGGUGGAAAUGUGAACGUAUUGGAGUCUCAUUCAAGUUUUUCGUUUUUGUGAAUACAUGAUCAAUGGAUCGGUGAAAAUUGUGUUGUUCGCAUCCGAAGUUGGAAUUUUUCCGAGGAUUACAAGAUAGCAAUCGACCAAAAUGAUAACCUCAAGCAAUGGGAAUCAGUAUCUGACUCCGGACUAUAUGUCACCUUUGCCAACCAUGCUGGACUCGAAGAACAGCCCUUUGGCAUUACUGGCGCAAACCUGCAGUCAAAUCGGAGCGGACUCCUCGAGUAUGAAGAGCAUCUCCUCGUCGGACAAGUCGAAGAAAAGCGACUCUCGCGACAAAGCCUCCCCGGCCUCCUCGAUCAGCAGCUGCUCGCCGGUCACCUCCAAGUCGAGCUUCAAGCCCUACGAGUCCCUCUCACACAAAGACGCCGACGACAAAAGCGUCCGCGUGAAGACGCCGUCGAAGCUCCAAUCCCACUCCAACUCCCGCUGCAGCAGCAAAGAGAGCGCCUCUUCGGGCUCCGGCGGCUCCACCUCUUCACCCGGCACCCGGAAGACCCCGGCGACAACCCAGGAGCUCCCGGCCACCUCGCGCCCCGAAGACACGCCCGCCUCCAAGGCCCCCGUCUCCGCCGGCUACCUCGGCUACCCGUGUUCGUUACCGCUCGACGUCAUGGCGUCCGGGCUCCUCUCCUACCCCAAGCCCGGCACCCUGAACCCCUACCUGGGCUAUACGAGAAUGAAGACUGUCAACGGGUCCGAGGCCGUGGUCCCCGUCUGCAGGGACCCCUACUGCGCCGGCUGCCAGCUCAGCUCCCACCUCCUCGGCGGCAAGCUGUGCCCGGCGGGAUGCACCCAGUGCGACGGCAAGCAGCUCCCGGCCCACGCCCAUUCGCACGCCCACGCGCAGUCCUCGAUCGCCACGGCGUACGCGCACGCGCAGCUGGCUGCCCUGGCGGCCGCUUCUCAGCUACCCUACGUGUGUUCGUGGAUCGCGGGCGAGGCGACCUACUGCGGCAAGAGGUUCGCCACCUCGGAGGAACUCCUGCAGCACCUGCGGACGCACACCUCCGAUAUGCUGGGAUCUCCUACGCACCCUAUCCUCUCCCGCUCGUACCCGACGCCCCCUCUCAGUCCCCUGGCCACGGCCAGGUAUCACCCCUACUCGAAACCCUCGUUACUGCCUCCGGGACUUAGUUCUUCGUUUCCCCUCCACCCACCGUCGAGUUUACCCCCCUAUUUCCCCCCGUACUCCCUGUACGGACCUAGGUUAAGCACUUCGCAAAGUAUGCACCCCUGAGAUGAGGCGUGUUUUGCGGGGGAUUCAAGCUGUGAUUAAUUUUGUUUUCUCGUCUAAUCUAAGUCUCAUUUUAAAGUAGGUGUUACGUGUCGUAUAUCGCAACCCGCUUCUGAAUGCACCGCGUGGAACCGGUGCAUAUGAAGUUUCCUUAUUUUGCUCUCUCCUCAAGAGGAUUUCUCUCACAGGGUUACAAAUCUGGCGUGCUAAUGGUCGAUAUGUUUUAAUGUGUCGAAAUUUAUCUCACAUUGCGUGUUUUUAAAAACUUGGGAAGUCGAAAAACAUACUUUUUACAGAAAAUAUUUGAACGCACUGUGGAAACUUGAUCAAAACAUUAUCUUUUAGAAUAAUAUAUCAUGAUUAAAAAGGAUGUUCCAGUCAGCUCAGUAACUUUUAUCAUACAGCAAGACCUUCAGCUAAUCAACAGCCACACGUAUUUCAUUUGAUGUGAAAAUAGGUUUACGCGGUCCUAUUUCUCAUUAUUGGCAAAUGACGCACAUAAAGUCAGAUAGAAAAUGACAAAUUUCCUAGAACAUCCUCCUUUGAAUGGUGUUAGCUCUCUUGUUACUCAUACAGUUGUUGGUACUGUUGCUGGCACUUGUAAAUUCUGCCUUUCCGCAAGCCAUGCAAAUGAAUUUAACAUCAUCUUCAUAAUUUCUCUGUUUGACUUCUUCUGUAGCUCACGAAAAAUUUUGACCCUUAUGAAAUUCUACCAUCUGAAUACUUACGUUGCUUAUUGAUCUAUUUUUUUACCGAUAUGUACGCUUUUCAAAUAGACGACUCAAACCUCACCUAAUGAAUCUCUAUGUUGGUAUAAUAUUCAAGAUUCCACCAUUUUACUCUUCUGAAUUUUUUUCAAGAUUCCAUUAAUUUACUCUUCUGAAUUUUUCUUUUUCGUCUGUUGCUAAAUUGUUACAAAACAUUUUUUUCUUAAUUUGGGUAUGUUUGAACCACCCCAUCAGCUUAUAUUGAAGGUUCCUCUGUAAUUGAAUUUUCACGUGAUUAGAGUGCAGAGUACGACGCAGUAUCACGCAAACAAAUGUAAUUAUUCAGAUGCACAUACAUACACAUCUAUAGUUUUUCAGUGACAUAAAGUGCAAGAAAAAAAGACCAUUUCAGUAAUUUUUGAAGUCUCUGAUUUUGGAUGAAUCAUAGUCAGAACAGAAUCGAUGGCUUCAGCUUCAAAAUUUUCAACUUUUAGCUUGUGAAUGAUAUAUUUUCUCUGAUGUAAAAAUACCAGAUUGUUGAAUUGCUAUAGCUUAUAUCACAAUUUUCUCAAUGGAAUAAAACAAAUCUUGAAAAGUGAUGGAUCUUCUUAUGUAGCUUACAUUCUAAUACUGGAUAUUCUGACGCAACGCAAUUUUUUUUAACUUCUCCUUUAUUUUUGUUUUUUUUACAUACUUUUAUGGAACUUGCAUGCUUAACUAGCGCAAUUUUCAACGUGGAGAACCAUUGAACAUAUAUUAAUAAUAGCUGAGUGAAAGUUAGAAUCUUGGUCUACUUUUUUCGCAUUUGAAAAAUUCAAAAAUAUCAUCUAUGAAAUAACUUUUGACUCAGAUGAAACAUCUCGGAAAAUAUUAUUUUACCUGUCCAUAUUUUAAAGCGUUUAAAUCAGUUAAUCAUUUUAAAUCUUUGUAUCCAGUUGAUUGAAAAUGAUACUAGUGUGUACUCACGACUCAGACAUAGAUAUUUAUUUUCAAUAAACCACACAACUAUCAAAAUGUAUUGAUUUUCUCGAAAAACUUGACGUAUAAAUUGUAAAACAUCAAAGAAAAAGCAAGUUUAGUGUAAUUUAUUCCAUAUAAAUAUUACUCUACAGAUCGCAGUGGUACGUUUUACGACAAAAAUAUAAAAAAUAUUGUUAUUUUUUAAUUUAAUGUUCUGCACUCUGAUUUUUGUUAAUGAAAAUGAAUAUAAAAUAUUUUAUCUUUCAAA